GAAAGCUUAAAAAAGAAUUACUAAAAAUUGGUGAUGAACAGCGUUUUGAUAUUAGCGUUAGGGUUUUCAACAAUUGAAACCCCUGUUUUUGUUGAUCCAUUGAGCUUUUGGGAAUUGGAAUCCAAUGGGGCGAAUCUUUCGAAGUUGCAUGCAAUCGAUCCUGAAGCUGGUGAAUUCCAUCAUUGGAAUGGUUGGUAUUGCAAUGGUGAUGUAUGCUCUAUGGAUGAUUAGGGUUUGGAACAGACACAUGGACGAUUACGAUUCCCGAGCUCCAUGGUUCAUCUACACUUUUCUUGGCCUUGGGGCGACAUUAUGUUUGUUCACAUGCUUUGGUCAUGCUGCUGCUGAGACUGCAAAUGGUUGUUGCCUUUAUGUCUAUAUGAUGUAUAUCUUUUUUCUUCUCAUACUGGAGGCUGGAGUAACUGCAGAUGUAUUUCUAAACCACGACUGGGAGGAGGACUUCCCCGAAGAUCCAACUGGGAGUUUUCAUGAGUUCAAAAAUUUUGUCAGGUCAAACUUUGAGAUCUGCAAAUGGAUUGGCUUGUCGAUCUUGUUUGUACAGGGACUGUCUAUUUUAUUGGCUAUGGUACUCAAAGCUCUAGGGCCACAUCAGUACUAUGAUAGUGAUGAUGAAUAUGCCCCAACCCGGGCUCCACUAUUGAGGAAUGCAGUUCACCCACCUCCUUAUGUUGCUGGUGACCCCUUCUCUGGAUCUAGAACUGAUGCUUAUGGUAAAAGGAUUAAUGAAAAGGUAAAAAUACUUAGUUCUUCUAUCAUGGCGUGGAACAAAAAUGCUUUCCAUUCUACCUCCCGAAGGAUAUUUUUUGUUAAGUUAUAUGUCUUAAUGUUUUUCUAAUGCACUUGAUGUUCAGCCAUUUGAUCUUUUCCAUUUCUCAUCCUUUGACCUUAAACUUGCACCAUAUUUUUUCUUUUGACUGGUGCUAUCAGAGGUCUCUCCAUUGCAAUUGCCAUGCUACCAGUCAACAAUUUUUAAGGCAUAGAUUAUAUCUUCAUGUUGUUAUGUAGCCAUUGAAUUUGCAUUUUAGCUCCCUCUCACAUCAUGAACUAGUUUCUUGAUUGUGUAAUGCAGUAGAAACACUUAUUUAUUUCAUCCAUCCCAUUUCAAUUCCACCUCCUAAUUUCCAUGUCUUUAUAGAUGAUUGAUUUAGCAUGAUUCAAAUGAUUACUUUUAGGCAUCUCCUAGCCAUUAACUUCUGCUUCCUUGUUUUCACUCCUAUUUUCUUGUCUGUGUUUUCAUUUUGUUUUAAGUUUUUUUUUUCUUUGUUGUUUUAUUUUCUUCUUCCUUUGGUUUUUGGUAAGGCUCCAAUUUAUUUAAAUUUUUUUUUAUUCUAAAGCCUCUUUCCAUGAUUAUAACUUUUUGUCAGCAGGCAGCAUACAUCAUAGGAUACCUUCCUAAAUCUUUUCACUUAAACUAAUGAGCUUGUGAAAUAAAUAAAUAAAUAAACCUCUUCAUAUCCGAGGAUCACACCCAAAAACAAUAUUUUGAUGCCUACAGUUGAUGAAAGGUAAUUGUAUUAGAACAUCGCUUUUUUAUUUCCUCCACUCACCUGGACCUUAGUUUUAUUUGUAUCAAAACUUAUCCUUGGAUCACUCUUAAAUAUUCAUUUGAUCAUUUCUUCCAUUGUAACUCAUAUAAUAACUGUCUAACAAUGCUUCUAUGUUCGGUGAUCUUUUCCCAUUUCUACCAAUUGUGUUUUGUUUGCAGUUAAUGAUUUUUAUUCUUGUAUUUGUUUAUCAGACUGGCCGGUAAAACGAUUUACAUGAGGCAGUAGCCCAUUGUUUAGCUGGAAAGGAAGUGCAGAUGCAUAAUAAGAAGUGCUGUUGUAUGAUUACCUAUUUCCUGCGUGUUAAUCCUUGAAGAUGAAGGAGCUUUCUGAGAAACAUACUGUAAGUUGGUAAAAUUGGUUGUGCAGAGUGUACAUAAAGCAAUACCCUUCAGCUUUUAUGCUCAAAUCUCAUAACAAUGACAAUUUAUAUCGUACUGUUAUUAGAUUUUGCACUGUGCUUAUAUACAUCGAUAUCCUAUUUUAGGAAUCACACGGUAUGGUCAUUUCAUGCCA